AUGCCUAAUGGACGCAAGCUGUCAGGGUCUGGCAGUAACCAGUCCCAACCAAAAAUAUUUCCCCCUGGGACUGGUUCAUCAGAUUCCAUCUCUGCUCUCACAGUGGAAAAUGUGGAAAGGCUGGAAAAGGAGUACAUAACUUCUAAAGAAGCCUUCAAUAAGCAGAGGAUACAAGAUUAUAUUAAUCAGACUAAUCUUUCUCACUUCAGCGAAGAGACAACUAGAAAAACCAGCACAGAGCUUGUCUGGGAUGCAGAGCCUGAAGGAGCCUCCUCGUCCUUUCCUGCAAAGUGGAGUGAAAAUAGCAAAGUGUGCUGGAAGACCUCUGAAGGAAUUUCAAGGAAAGAUAAGCUAUUAACAGCAACAGCGACAGAUUCCCCGUCAGCUCAGCCCACUGGCUCUAAGCCGAAGGAAUCCAAACAGCGUGUAGACAGCUAUCCUGACUCCUGCCGUAGCAGAAGGCACGACAUGGAGGAUGAGAAGACCCAGAUGGAGUGGAGGUAUUCAGAUGAGUCCCUGGCUGCCUGGGAGGAUGCUGUUUCAGUAAUAGGAGAGGAGAAGAAGAGCUCAGAGGCUGUGGGUGGCGGGAGCAGCCUUAAGCCCACAGAAGAUCAAGCCGUGGAGGUGCUCUCCAGGGACACCGAGGUGUACCCCAAGGCUAGAGAGAACAAGGGGCCAGCCGAAACCAAGGAAGAGGCAGCAGCCGAGGAUGGAGAGGAGAAUAACCGAGCAGGACUGUGUGAGCAAGCUGUAUGUGAGCCUGUUGAGCUUGCCCACGGGAGUCCAAGGCUGGAAUCAGGUGAGGAGCCAUUGCCCACUGGAGGAGAGUGUGAGGACUCCUUUAGAGCCAGGCAGUGCAGGAUUUGCCAGCUCUUUGGCGAGACACCUUUCGGAAAAGGCACGCAGCUUCCAGAAAAAUGCUCUGUGAAGGCGACCACCUGGACCAAAGAGUCCGCAAAGUGUACCUUUUGCAGCGCCCCUGAAAAGCCAGUCCCAACAGCGGCAGAUCAGCCCCAGGAAAAUCUCUUCUGCUGCAGGAGAUAUAAGGAAGUGUUUGAUGCUGUCAUCCAAGAGCAGAUGAGUGAAGAUGAAGUGGAGGAAGAGCUGGACAUCGCUCCCCGUGCCAACCCUUCCCAAGCUAGGCUGAGGAGCAGCAUCAAGGAGAAACUGCUGCAGCAGUUGAAUGAAGGAGGCUUUGAGAGCUACAGGGAAAUAUUUCAGCAGUAUCUGAGAUUUGUUGCCUGGACCAGAAUCUCAUUCAGACUCUCAAAACAAAAUGAAUACACCAUCAGACCAAAGACUGGCCCUUUCAAAAAGCACCAACCAAUGUCAGCACCUCCGAAAGACCUAUUGGAGCUGGACAGGGAUUUUGUUGUGGAGCACUUAAAGCACUGCUGUUCUUCUGAGCCCAUAAGAUGUCGUUAUCCUGAUGGACAGAUGUUUUUUCUCCUGUUCCCAGAUGGAAGUGGUCAGGUUUACUACCUGUCAGGCAACGUGGCCAUUCUCAUCACAUUCACCAAGGAAGCCGUGUUCACCUAUUGCAUCCUGGAGGACAGCAGGUACCCGGGGAUCAGGGCUACCUUCGGGAGUUGCAGCCACGGGGUCUGUUUCCACCCUGAUGACCAUCUCUGGGCCACCCUGGACCGCACUGGGAUCUGCUUGGACCAGGCAGGGGCCAGCCAGAAGCACUGGAAGUGGCAUGACUUCAGCGACCACACUUGCAGCCCUCCUUUCCAGUCCAUCACCAUGAAACUGAAUGGCCACGUCACCAUUAAAAUCCUGGCUCAGGAUCAAAAUUUAUCGUUCGCCAGCCGCAGCAAUUGCAUCCGUUUCAACGUGGGGUCCUGGCUCAAGUUGAAAGACCCAGAGACAAGUCACCUACUCAAGUGGCUAGAAAGCGAAGAGGAGCUCUUCCUUUAGUCUAAAAAGAUUCAGCUCAGGAGCCUGCUGUCCAAAAUACAGACAAUGUUGCAAUACUUUUGGCAACCCCUCUCUCAGUGA